UGUGACAACUGAUGGAGAAAAUCCUCAGUAAUCAGACAGCAGAGCAUUUCUGCGGUUUUGUCCACUUUAUUCCCCUAUACCGGGGGUCGGCAACCUGCGGCUCCCGAGCCAUUUGUGGCUCUUUCACCUCUGUGCUGCGGCUCCCUGUGGCUUUGGGAAAUAAUUGGUCAGUAUUUAAUUAAAAUGUAUUUUAUGUUAGUUUGUUAGCUUUUGAAAUGUAAUUCUAAAUUUGAAGAUUAUGGUGAUCUUGUACAAUCUAAGUGUGGCGACACAUUUCCUGGCACAUCCAAAACGGCUCACAAUUAGCCAGCAUUCAGGCUAAGGGAGAUAGCCUACGGGGGUUUGUGAGUACGCGUCUUUUGCAGCAUCUGCGUCCAUGGGGGCUGGGUUGAGGGAGGCUUAAAAGCAAGGCUGUUUAGUUCGAAUAAAGUUAUUCGACUGCAGUUUACUGACUGCAUGAGCACACCGCUACAACGUGUUUUUAUCGCUAUUAAUAUACGUCACCACUGCCAAUACCUGACACCCGCCAGUGCGCGAUUUCUUUAAUUUUUCGAUCCAUGGAGAAUUCUAAAAAAAGAAAAGUGACUGAAGAAAACAGAACGUUUAAUGAUACGUGGACAGAUUCAUUUGCUUUCACUGUUGACGAGACUGGUUUACCGGUAUGCUUAAUAUGCAAUGAGAAACUAGCAAACAACAAAAAGUCAAAUGUCGCAAGGCAUUUCCAGAAUAAACACGCAGCCUUUGCUCAAAAAUAUCCGGAUGGAGAUGAGAGAAAAAAAGCCGUUUCGGAACUGAUGCGGAAGGUUGAUCUGAGCAAAAAUCAUUUCCAGAAAUGGAUGAAGUCUGGAAAAUCAACGACAUACGCCAGUUAUAUUGCCGCUCAGGAAAUAGUCAGGCACGGGAAGCAGUUUACAGAUGGUGAAUAUAUAAAAGAAUCUUUCAUUAAGAUUUCAGAACAUCUAUUCACGGACUUUAAAAACAAGAGUGAAAUUGUGCAGAAAAUCAGGGAUAUGCCCCUCUCUGCAAAGACUGUCAAAGACAGAACCAUAAAAAUGGCAGAAGACAUCACAAGACAGCAAAUUAAAGACAUCAAUUCAGCUGUGGCCUACUCGAUUGCCUGUGACGAGUCUAAAGACAAAGGUGAUAUUGAACAAAUAGCGUUGUUCUGCCGGUAUGUAAACUCUGCCGGGCCACAGGAAGAACUGAUUGAGUUGAUACCUCUAAAAGACCAAACACGGGGGGAGGACAUCUGUGAGGCUGUCUUGAAUUGUUUAAGAGCCAAAGGAAUAAAGACCACCCAUCUGGUGUCAGUAGCUACUGAUGGGGCGCCGAAUAUGACGGGAACGCACAAGGGAUUUGUGGCUUUACUGCAGAAGUCGCUGGACAGAAAGCUGCUGACUUUUCACUGCAUCUUGCACCAAGAGGCACUGUGCGCUCAAACAUUUCCUCCGGAAUGCACAGAAGUAAUGGAUGUUGUCAUUCAGAUUGUCAAUAAAAUAAUGGCAAAAAGUUUAAAUCACCGUCAAUUCCGUUUGUUACUGGACGAGCUGGAAAGCGCAUAUUCUGAUCUCCUGCUGCACAACAAAGUCCGGUGGCUGUCCAAAGGGGAGGUGCUGAAACGCUUUGUCGCGUGUCUGGAAGAAGUGAAAACUUUCCUGGGCAGCAAAGGGCUCAACUUUCCUGAGCUGGAACAGCCAGAGUGGCUGGAAAAGCUACACUUCAUGGUAGACAUGACAGCGCACCUGAACACGCUGAACACAGCUCUUCAACGGGGUAAGGACGUACAGCCCUGCACAUGUUGGAGGAUGUUUUGGCAUUCGAGCGCAAGUUGACGUUGCUUGCCAGAGAUUUACAGAAAGGCACAUUGUCUCACUUCCCCAAUUUGAGAGAGUUCAAACAAGGUCACGACAUGAUAAAUUCGGAGUAUUUACAUUCUGCAAUCAUCGCAAUGCAAACAUCGUUUGGGAAACGCUUCUGUGAGUUCAGAGAGGAAAAAAAACACAUUAUCCUUCCCGGUCACUCCCCUAAGCAUCGAUCCAUCCCUACUAAAUACGACUGCAUUGUCAGGUUGACAGCUGGCUGACGUUAUUUUUGGUUUGCUGCUGGCGGCAAAUUUAAGUUUGGUGUUUUUCAUAAAUACAAGGACUCAAAUAGACGUUGAGUAUUUUACUUAAAAGUAACCUUCAACCCAACGUCUUUUUUUCGGAGUUCAAAAUGUUUUUGUUGCAUGCAGAAAUGUAAUUUCAUUUUCUCUGCAGGAGUUCAUCAAUUUCAUAAAUGCAACACAUUAUAGUUUGUUUAUACAUAGCAUAAAGGCCAAACAAAACGUUGUAUGCAGUGUUAUUUCAUUUUAAAUGUCAAGCGGGUUUUGC